GUUUGAUCCUGACUUCUCUGCUCCUCCUCUUUUUCAAAUGUCCACAUCUUAUCUCCUGAUAAGACAGACUGAACCGUAGCCAUUCUGCACAUGCUCAGCUUAGUGUGUAUUGCUAGAGAGAGUGCAUGGGAUCAGCACGGGGCCAAUCAGCACUGUCCAAACAGAGGUCAGGGGUUUUGCAUCCUCCUAGAGCAGAAAGAAAACUCCUCCUACAAGCUUUAACCAGUGCUCUGCUGAACACUGAUAGAGGUCACAAGACUGCUCUCACUGCUCAUGAGAAAAGGUAUUUAGAAGUUUAUAUUUACUAA